ACAAAGCAUACCCUAUAAACUAUUCUCACAUAUCAAACCCUUUCUCCAUUUGCUUCUUUCUUAUCGGCCGAUUCCUCAAUCUCUCCAUUUCUCUCUCUUUUCAAUCUUUCAGGGUUUUGAAGGUCUGUUUUGAUUCCUGUUUUUAUUGGAUAAGUAAUACAUCAUCUGCCGAAACUGCUAGUAGUUAAGUUGAAUAAUGGGGAGAAAGAAGGGGACAGAACGCGAAGAGGAUAACCCUGAGCCCGCCAAGCAGGUUGCGGGUGGUGGGGGAGGUAAGUCGAAGAAGAAGAAUCGGGGGGUGAUUGACGAUGAUGAGUACUCUAUCGGAACUGAAUUGUCUGAAGAACCUUCGGUUCAGGACGAGUCACUACCGGCUGCACCUGCCUUUGGUAAGAAAAAGGGCAAGAAGGGCAAGAAAUCGGGGCCCAGAGAUGAUGACGACGAUGACGAUGAAAUGGACGAGAAGCAUGUUGUGAAAGAGGAUGAUGUGCCAGAAAUUAUUUUUGCAGGUAAAAAGAAGUCAUCUAAGAAGAAGAAUGUGGCAAUUGAUGAUGAUGAGUACUCUGUUGGAACAGAGUUAUAUGAAGAGCCUGUGGUUGUGGAAGAAAAAGUAGCAGGUGGCAAGAAAAAAGGUAAAAAGGGGAAGAAGGGUGGUGGGGCAAAUGCCUCUAAUUAUGGAGUACUUGGAGAGGAUGAUGAUGAGGAAGACAGGUUGGAUCUAACGAGGGAUAGUGACCAAGAAGAUGAAAGCAUUGCCCCCUUCUCUGGGAAAGUGAAGAAGUCGAAGCCGGGUAAAGGCAGUGCAAGUGUGUUUUCUACAGCUUUUGAUACAAUUGGUGAUGAGGAUGAUGAUGAAACUGGGCAACAAUCUGAGGAAGAUGAAGAACCAGUGGUUGCUAGUACAGGGAGGAUUGGUGACAAUUCAUUUAGUUCAGCACUUCUUGAUGAAGAAGAAGAGGCAGAUACUUCUGUUUCUAAGUUGGAGGCUGAGACAGUUGAAGAGGAUGAUGAGCCAGAACUUAUUUUUGCAGGUAAAAAGAAGUCAUCUAAGAAGAAGAAAAAAGGUGCUGUCAGCAUGAAUGAAGACGAUGUUAGGGAAGAAGCUGAACCUGUACAAGCUAGCACGUCGUUUAAUCCUGAAGAAGCUGAUGAUAAUAGAAGCAAAAAGCAGGUGCCAGAAACUUCUAAGAACAAAACCAAGAAGAAAAAGGGUGGGCGUACAGUUCAAGAAGAUGAGGAUGAGAUUGACAAGAUCCUAGCAGAGCUUGGUGAAGCACAAGCUCCUGCUCCUGCUCCUUCUGAAGAGAAAGUGCAGGUGCAAGAUAAAUCGAAGAAGAAAAAGGGUGGUAAAACGGUUCAAGAGGAGGAUGACAUUGACAAAAUUCUGGCGGAAAUUGGUGAAGGGCAAGAUACAUCUGCACUGCCUCCUGCUUCUCUUCCACAAGAGGAGAAAGAUCAACUAGGUGAUGAUGCUGCUGAGAAGGAAGCAGUAGAAGAAGGAGCUGUGGAGUCUGCUGCUGCAAAGAAGAAGAAAAAGAAGAAGGAGAAGGAAAAAGAGAAAAAGGCAGCUGCAGCAGCUGCAUCUAAUGUGGAGGAAAAGCAGGAAGAAACAAAAAAUGAUGCAAAAGGAAAAUUGACGGAUAAGAAACAGUCAAAGCAGGUUAGGGAGAUGCAAGAGAGACUCAAAAAGAUGAAGGAAGCUGAAGAAAGGAAGAAGAGGGAAGAAGAGGAAAAGCUAAGGAAGGAAGAAGAAGAACGACUUCGUCAGGAAGAACUAGAAAGACUUGCAGAAGAGAAGAAACGUUUGAAAAAGGAGAAAGAGAAGGAAAAGCUCUUGAAGAAGAAACAAGAGGGAAAACUGCUUACAGGAAAGCAAAAAGAAGAAGCUCGAAGAUUAGAAGCAAUGAGGAAGCAAUUUCUUGCUAAUGGUGGGACACUGCCACUCCCGGGGGGUGAGAAUAAGAAAGAGACAACUAAACGGCCCAUUUAUAAAACAAAGAAGUCGAAGCCACAAGCUCAGGCAAAUGGCAAAGCCCAGGAAGAGUCUUUUGAAAGCACAGAAAUUAAAGAACAUCAGCAGGAGAUUGUGUCCGAGGUUAAUUCCAUGGAAACUGAGAAGGUUGAGGAUGUGGAUUCGACGAUUACAGAGGAGAAGUCAGAAGUAGCUGAUGCAGAAGAAAAUGAAGUUGAAGAAGAAGAAGAUGAUGAGGAAUGGGAUGCAAAGAGUUGGGAUGAUGCUGAUCUGAAACUGCCUGGUAAGAGUGCUUUUGAAGACGAGGAGGUAGAUUCAGAACCGCAACCUAUAACUAAGAAAGAGAUUAAGACUGCAAGUUCAUCUGCUCAUGACGCAGCCACUCUGCCUGUUGCUGCCAAGUCUGUUGUUCCUACUCAAAAAGCUGCUGCAACUUUACCAGGUGUACCUAAGAAUGACCAAAGUAGGAGGGGUGAGCCUGAGGAUAGGGUUGCCGACCAAAAUAAGCAGAAAGACAUCCCUGAAGACCGGGUAACAGGAAAACCUGGUGCUCCUCCUAACCAGAGUGAAGACAAUCUCCGGUCUCCUAUUUGCUGUAUUAUGGGUCAUGUUGAUACUGGUAAAACCAAGCUACUUGACUGCAUACGAGGCACUAAUGUUCAAGAAGGUGAAGCUGGAGGGAUUACUCAGCAGAUAGGUGCAACUUACUUUCCAGCCGAGAAUAUACGCGAGAGAACUAAGGAGCUCAAAGCUGAUGCCACACUGAAGGUCCCUGGUUUAUUGGUCAUUGACACUCCUGGACAUGAAUCUUUCACGAAUCUGCGUUCUCGAGGUUCAGGAUUAUGUGAUAUAGCAAUUUUGGUUGUUGACAUUAUGCAUGGGCUAGAACCACAAACCAUAGAGUCACUUAAUCUUCUGAAGAUGAGGAAUACUGAAUUUAUUGUUGCUCUGAAUAAGGUGGAUAGGCUGUAUGGAUGGAAAGUUUGCAAGAAUGCUCCCAUUGUAAAGGCAAUGAAGCAACAGUCCAAAGAUGUUCAGUUUGAGUUUAAUAAUAGGCUCACUCAGGUUGUUACCCAGUUCAAGGAACAAGGAAUAAAUACUGAGUUGUACUACAAAAACAAAGAUAUGGGGAAAGAUACUUUCAGUAUCGUACCAACCAGUGCUAUCAGUGGUGAAGGUAUCCCUGACAUGUUGUUGUUACUUGUUCAAUGGACACAAAAGACAAUGGUAGAGAGACUUACUUUCAGCAAUGAAAUCCAGUGUACGGUUUUGGAGGUUAAGGUUAUUGAGGGUCACGGGACAACCAUUGACGUGGUUUUGGUUAAUGGUGUGCUUCAUGAAGGAGAUCAAAUAGUCGUUUGUGGCAUGCAGGGACCUAUUGUUGCCUCAAUCCGAGCGUUACUAACGCCUCACCCAAUGAAGGAACUCCGAGUAAAGGGAACAUAUUUGCAUCAUAAGAAAAUCAAGGCUGCCCAGGGUAUAAAGAUUACUGCUCAGGGCCUUGAGCAUGCAAUUGCUGGCACUAGUCUAUAUGUUGUGGGGCCUGAUGACGACGUGGAAGACAUCAAAGAAGCAGCUAUGGAAGAUAUGAGGUCAGUGAUGAACAGGAUCGACAAAAGUGGAGAGGGAGUAUAUGUUCAAGCAUCUACACUUGGAUCAUUGGAAGCUUUGCUGGAAUUCUUGAAGACCCCAGACGUAAGCAUACCUGUCAGUGGGAUUGGCAUAGGCCCUGUGCAUAAAAAGGAUGUCAUGAAAGCCAGUGUUAUGCUUGAGAAGAAGAAAGAGUAUGCAACAAUCUUGGCCUUUGAUGUUAAAGUGACACAGGAAGCUCGGGAACUUGCAGAUGAACUUGGUGUCAAGGUUUUCAUGGCUGAUAUUAUAUACCACUUGUUUGAUCAGUUUAAGGCCUACAUGGACACUAUCAAGGAAGAAAAAAAGAAGGAAGUUGCUGAAGAAGCAGUCUUCCCCUGUGUGCUCAAGAUCGUACCAAAUUGUGUCUUCAACAAGAAGGAUCCAAUUGUUCUGGGGGUUGAUGUUCUUGAGGGCAUUGCCAGGAUUGGAACUCCAAUAUGUAUUCCUCAAAAGGACUUCAUUGAUAUUGGUCGUGUUGCAUCCAUUGAGAACAACCAUAAGCCUGUUGACUCUGCGAAGAAAGGCCAGAGGGUGGCUAUUAAGAUUGUCGGAUCUAACCCUGAGGAGCAACAGAAGAUGUUUGGCAGGCAUUUUGAAGAGGAGGAUGAGCUUGUCAGCAAAAUUUCAAGGAGGUCCAUUGACAUACUGAAGACCAAUUUCCGGAAGGACCUGUCUGUUGAGGAUUGGAGACUUGUCGUGAAACUGAAAACCCUCUUCAAGAUAAAUUGACACAGUUUAUUCAUAGCUUUUGGAAGGAGUUGAUUCCUGGGAGUCCUAUAAGCACCACACUUGGGGAUAGCAGUUCAUCGAGUAAUAAGUGGUGAUUUACCAGAAGCGAGGAGUUUGGGCUCCAAAAUAGAAGGCACAUCGGGGACGAAGAUGAGUAGAAAUGAAGUACAUUGGCUUCUUCAAAGAAUUUCCUUUGGUUGGUACUACGAGCGCAUUUUGUACAUGGGGUUUUUUUGGUACGAAAGUGUUAAAAGGAGCACAGAAUUCUGAGAAUUUUCACAGCGUUGACCAAUUGUAGAGGUGAGUAUGUUGUACUGGGGCGUAAAAGUUGGCAACAAAUUUUGUGUGAUACAAAAUUGUGCUUUUGAGUUUGAUAUACAAAAACCUGCAAGAUUACUGGUUGCUAUUGUUGGCAAGUCCCAGUAAUUCUUUUCUGUUUUCUCAGAAUUGUAGACCAUACACACACCGGGAUAUGAAGAAAUUUUCUUCGACGUUGCAAAUCCAGCCCUUAAAUCGACGUUGAUAUGUUACACACAUUUUUAAGUACACCAGCUCAAUGUUCCCUGCCUUUUUAUUUUA